AUGGCCCUUUCUCCUUUAUUAUUGCCCAGAACUGGACUCAAGGACAGCCUGAUUGUGAGGGUACAGGAGACACAGGACAGCCUGACUGUGAAGGUACAGGAGACACAGGACAGCCUGAUUGUGAGGGUACAGGAGACACAGGACAGCCUGACUGUGAAUGUACAGGAGACACAGGACAGCCUGACUGUGAGGGUACAGGAGACACGGGACAGCCUGAUUGUGAGGGUACAGGAGACACAGGACAGCCUGAUGGUGAGGGUACAGGAGACACAGGAUAGCCUGACUGUGAGGGUACAGGAGACACAGGACAGCCUGACUGUGAAGAUACAGGAGACACAGGACAGCCUGACUGUGAGGGUACAGGAGACACAGGACAGCCUGACUGUGAGGGUACAGGAGACACAGGACAGCCUGACUGUGAGGGUACAGGAGACACAGGACAGCCUGACUGUGAGGGUACAGGAGACACAGGACAGCCUGACUGUGAGGGUACAGGAGACACAGGACAGCCUGACUGUGAGGGUACAGGAGACACAGGACAGCCUGACUGUGAACAUACAGGAGACACAGGACAGCCUGAAUGUGAUGGUACAGGAGACACAGACUGAAGGAGCUCUGUGA